GAAAUUUUACGUGCACGGAUAUUGAUACUUUUUAUCUACAGAUCCAACGGCGGGUACGUGUUCGAUUAGGUGGAGGGCAACACGUCAUGCUACAGAAUACAAUCUGCCCAUGACCGUGGCGAGGAAGCUGCCCGUGACGACCACGCUCCUCUCUAAAGCCAGAAAAUGAAGGAAAAGGUCAAAAGAAGAGUGAAUGCUUGCUGGUUUCAGAUUGCAGGCAACAGAAUACAGGUUCCUCGCAUGGCAGAAGCAUCCUCUCUCUCUCUCUAUUUAAGCUCUCGCCUAAGCGCGCGGGCCCUUCUCUUUCGUUUCUUGAUUUCAGCUUCAAGAAAUUUUGAAAUUAAAAAUUAACAGUUUAAACAAGAAUCAUUUAAGUAGAUGCCGAGAAGACGUUGAUUUUUUUUUUUUUGUGUGUGUGUGUGUGUGUGUGUGCCGAGAGAGAGAGAGAGAGAGAGAGAGAGAUUAAAGGAGUUCUCUUUUUCUUCCUGAUGGCUGAGAUAUGUUAUGGAGUUAUGAGUAACGGCAAAGGGUCGACGCAAUGUCAAGGGAGUUCGAGAAGAGCCAGGCGGAGGAGAAUGGACAUCAGACGGUUCAAAUUCGUCACAGGUGUUGUCCCCUCCUCGCCGCUGGAGACGGAGGAAAGUAGUAAGCGGCAUAAAAUUGAAGUUCACACAGCUUCAUUGCCUGCUUCUCGCGGAGACGACGGCGAGGACCCAGUAGUGGAGAACCAAUACAAAAGAAUCGUGCUGAAGGUUGAAAAUGGAAAAUCGGAGAAUAAAGAAAUUGUAAUUUCAAGCAAGUCUCUGAAUCUGAUGCUAAGUCCAUCCCUUUUAUUAUCUCCCAUUGAUCUAGACUCGUACCCGAGAUACGGUAUCGCUUCAGUCCGUGGAGCGAGAAGGCACAUGGAAGAUGCUGUAGCAAUUUACCCUUCUUUCUGUAGCAAUGACAGAACCGAGUUGCACUAUUUUGGCGUAUACGACGGCCAUGGUUGCUCUCACGUGGCGGUUAGAUGCAGGGAGAGACUGCAUGAGCUGGUGAAGGAAGAAUUGCUAGAAAGCAAGGAAGCAACGAUAAUUGAGGCGUCGACGUCGGAGUGGAAAAACGCGAUGGAGAGGAGCUUCCGACGCAUGGACAAGGAGGUGAUAGAGUGGAAUCAAGGGGUGGUGGUUUCUAAUUGCCGGUGUGAGAUGCAAACCCCAGAAUGCGGUGCCGUUGGAUCUACGGCUGUGGUUGCAAUCGUAACCCCUGACAAGAUUAUUGUGGCCAACUGCGGUGACUCUAGAGCCGUCUUGUGCCGCAAUGGCAAGCCUGUCCCCCUCUCUUCUGAUCACAAGCCGGACCGUCCAGACGAAUGGAGCCGGAUCCAGGCAGCCGGCGGGCGUGUUAUAUACUGGGAUAUUCCCCGGGUACUCGGAGUUCUGGCAAUGUCCAGAGCAAUAGGUGAUAAUUAUCUAAAACCCUACGUGAGCUGCGAGCCGGAGGUGACGGUAACGGAUCGGACUGCGGAGGACGAUUGCUUGAUACUAGCAAGCGAUGGGCUUUGGGACGUGGUGUCAAACGGCACGGCUUGUGGGGUGGCGCGUAUGUGUUUGAGAGGAAAAGGGCAGUCGUGUUCUUUGCUGGAGAAUGAGGUGGUGCUGGCUGGUGCUGCCGCCGCCACCACCGGAUGCGGGCAAAUAUCGGACAAGGCAUGCUCCGAUGCGUCGAUGUUACUGACGAAGUUGGCUCUGGCUAGGCAAAGUACUGACAACGUGAGCGUGGUCGUGGUAGAUCUAAGUUUCAUUGUCGCUUAACAGCUCAAGCUUUAAGCUUCCUUUUAUUACUUACAAGCAUGCUUCUGCAAUCGUUUUCGGCUUUAAGCCUCCUUGCAAUUUCAGCGCUGAUGUUGAAAGCUUCGGCUAGCAGUCGCCUGAAGUUAAUUAUGAUUUGUAUCUUAGAGAUUGGCAAAACAAACCCAAUUAUUUUGAUUAAUUGGAAAUGUCAAUUUUCCUUCCUUACCUUCAGU